AUAGCCCUCCUUUCGAUGACAUACGAGCAACACUGUCUUUCCUAGUCAAGGAAUCCAUCACAACACAUCACUCAGACCAUCACACACGUCACUCAGACAUACGCACGACACGACACGAAGCUCCCCCUCUCUGCCUCCGAUUGGUGGAGCAGCGCAGACGAAUGCACGCAGUAUUCACGUCACGCCACGCGCUCAACGAUAGGCACAAUCCACUUGUUGGACGACGUGACAAACAGACGAAAGCAGUGAGUGAGCAAAAUCACAUGUGUGCUGUACAGCAAGGAAAGUGACAGAUCGGGCAUAGACAGGCGCAGUAUUCGUGCCCUCAGGCACGCCAUGCAGAGAGCAGCCACGCCAACUCCCACUUCAUCCCCACUCACUCACUGCCCGCCCAAUGGAUGCUUCAGUCAAACCGAGUAUGCAACACUGGCAGCAUCGUGCUCUGUAAUCCACUCCGUGCUCAUCGUCUGACGUGUUUUGCUCAUCUGCGGCUUGGUUUCUGCAUUCGCUUGCACGUUCAUUCCUGCACGCCGCUCCAUGAUGAUUGUAUGGAGCGUGGCGCCCCCUUUGACGGCUAUUGUCGAGGUUGUGACCUUGAUCGAGAUAGCGGUUGUCAGGCGGUCAGUCGAUCUUGCUCCAUACAGGAUGGUGAGAACCAGAAUGGGCACCUCGAGUAGCGACGCCGCGAAGAGAGAUGCGUGCUGCCAUAAGGUCGCCCUUAUUCGGAUGCCGUAAGCGAUAGCAGCACUGAUCGUGUCCACUUGGCAGAGGAGAAGGACUGCCACUCCAGGCAACACUACGCCAUGAGUAAUCAUCCCCAUUCCCACAGCUGCACAGACGACAAGAAAAACAACUGUGACAGCUGGCUUGUGAAGAACUCGAUGCCCACUUACCCAGGUCCGACAUGAAGUCUACAAUGGUGAGCAGGAAGGUAAUAGACUUGAGCACUCGAUCGAAGUCUAACGCGUCCAUCGCCCUUAUAGACGGCACAUACUUCCCAAGCAGAAAGAACAGUCGGCUGUGCUCCGCCCACAUAUGCUCCGAGGCCGUUAGCAUGCGUGUGUGAGGGACAUCCACCAAGCUGUACAUGUGGUAUAUAGCUGAUAGCCAUCGACUCUCACGCAGCUUCUUCAGCAUGUCCUCGUCAGUAAACAGUCGUGGCUGGGCAUUGAGGGCAAAGGCGGGCGUGAUCAUUCCCACAUAGAUACACAAGACCAGCAGGGUAAGCGCAUAGCCGAACGCUGCAGACAAACGAAGGAACAGAAAAGGGUUAAGUGCGCCAUGAGCCAAGGGCGAAAGCUUAAGGUUGCUCAGCUUUGAAUUCAGCCAAGUGAUCUGUUUGGCUGCCAAGUGAUCUGUUUGGCUUCCUUACCCGUAUAGAAUAGGACGCCGGCCAUUACAAGAACCCCAUACAUCAGUGCCAAGCAUUGAGUAGCCAGACUCUUGUACGUGCCAUAAGGAAACAGCAAAUUGACGGCAACCAGCAGCAGGGGAUCUCCCGCUGCAAACAAGCAAACGACCGCCAAACAAGUGACCAAAGAAAGGCUGACAACUCAAAACAGUGGUUGGCACCCACCAAUGCCGCUCAUAGCGUAGAUGGCAGCCCACUUUGAUUCGGGAGCACGAACAAUUGAGACCGCCCCAACCACAAAGAGCCACACACAGCCAAGAACUGUUCAAGGCAAAACACCAAUCAGCACAAGCACAUCCCCCUUCCCUUGUUAUUUCUUACAGCACGAUAUCCACUGGAAUCGCAUCUUGGCGGGCACAUCGGGGAGAUAGAACCUCAGUCUCGGGGACCCCCACACGUCCACCACAAGAUCCAUCACCAGAUACUUGGCAGGGAAAUCCGCGGUGGCCUCCUUGACGUCGUCAUCCCCACACGAAGAGUGGCUGGGGCUGGGAUCUUGGUCGCCGACGGCAAGGCUCACUUGAUGUGCGCGUUGCCGUAAGGGUAAGGGAAAGAAGGGCCCCCUUUUGCUUGGCUCAGCCGCUGCCGCGGUGGAUGUUGCCAAGUCGAGCACGUCACUGACAGAUCUCGAUGGCAUGCCUGUUGAUGCUGCGCGAAUGGCAUCGAUGUCGUCCAGGGGUGGCAGCACAGAAUAGCGUGGGAGGGCGGUUGCCGAGAAACAGGAGAGGAUGCCAUGCCCCAGGCGCACCAACAUAUCUCAUGCCCAGUCGUUGGAG